AUGAAGUGGGCUAUAGAGCUAAGCCAAUAUGACCUCCUCUACUGGCCAAAAACUACAAUAAGAGCCCAGGCUUUAGCAGACUUCGUCGUAGAAUUCACCCCGUCAGCCGAAAAAGAGAAGUUGGUCAACCAAAAGAAGGAAAGUUCAAAAGCAGACGGGACCUCCGCAGAACCUAGCCAACCCAGAGACAUGUGGCAGUUGCUCGUAGAAGGAGCGUCGAACGAAAAAGGAGUUGGAGCAGGGAUCGUCAUCACCACCCCGGAUGGAACCCUGUUGGAGCAAGCUAUUACGCUUGGCUUCCCGGCCUCGAACAACGAGGCAGAAUACGAGGCAUUGCUCGCCGGCCUGCGCUUGGCAAAAGAGCUCGCAAUCAAACAGCUAGCCAUCUACUCAGACUCACAAUUGAUCACAAAUCAAGCCUCAGGUGAAUACAUGGCAAAGCACCCAAGGAUGAUCUUGUACCUUGACAAAGUCCAAGAGCUAUUAAAGGCAUUUCCCACCUUCACCAUCCAACAAGUGCCCCAGGCAGAGAACGCUCAUGCAGACGCACUGGCAAGCCUAGGAUCAGCGCUGGAUACCCAGUUCAGACGCUCCAUCCCAGUCGAACACCUUGACCGACCAAGCAUUGAAGAAAUAGAGCGAAUCGAUACCAUGAAGAUUGACGAGGACCCCAGCUGGCAAGACCUCAUCAUCGACUAUUUGACGAAUGGAAACCUGCCAACGGAGAAGUCCGAAGCUAGAAAGGUCCAGCAGAAGGCCGCGAGAUACUAUAUGCACGGCAACAAGCUCAUCCGCAGAUCAUACUCCGGCCCUCAUCUCACUUGCAUAAAGUACCCUCAAACACUUGAGGUUCUCUGUAAAAUUCACGACGGCGAGUGUGGCAACCACUCUGGGGGCAGGUCGCUCGCCCAGAAAGCUCUAAACAUAGGCUACUUCUGGCCUACCAUGCGUUACAACUCCGCUGAAUAUGUCAAGAAGUGUGAUCGCUGUCAGCGAUACAAGCCGAUCCCUAACCUGCCUGCCGAAGUCUAUCAUCCGCAAAACAGUCCAUGGCCGUUUAUGCAAUGGGCCAUCGACCUAUCGCUGGUUACCGACAAUGGCUCACAGUUCAUUGGCAAGCAGAUCACCGCCUUUUUUGCGAAAUACAAGAUCAAGCAGCACUUGUCCACCCCGAGGUAUCCACAAGGAAAUGGACAAGCCGAGGCAUCCAACAAAGUCAUAUUGGACUGCUUGAACAAAAGGCUGGAAGGCGCCGAAGGAAAAUGGGUGGAUGAACUCCCGGAGUACUAUGGGCUUAUCGCACCACCAAACGAAGAUCGACUGAACUCCGAGCAGAUAAGGCUCAACCUCGACUUACUUGAAGGCGAACGGGAGAAGACCAUUAUCCGGGUCGCCUCCUAUCAGCAACAGUUGAAGUCUUACCACGACAAGAGAGCUAAGGUCAGGCAGUUUCAACCAGGUGACCUCGUGCUAAAAAAGGCUUUCAUUACUGCACCGAGGCAAUGGUCAAAAAAGAUGAAUCCUAACUGGGAGGGUCCUUACAUGAUCAGCCGGUCUGGGGGCAGAGGAAGCUACACACUCGACACUAUGGAGGGGAAGGAAAUACCACGAAAAUGGAAUGCUCACCAUCUUCGAAAGUAUUAUCCGUAG